UUUGACUGUGGACGCUCAUUGGCGACAUGUGCCAACCAAAAGCAACCCAGCUGACAUUGCAUCGAGAGGAAGCACGGCACUUGAACUUGCUAGCUCAAUUUGGCUCACUGGACCUGCAUUUCUUUACGAAGACGUACAGCUCUCACACCUUGGCAGUCACACUGGUCGCUUUAAUGCUCCGAUUUUGCACAAGGCUCAAGAAACGAGACACCGACACUGUAAAUGGACCACCCACUGCCAACGAACUACACCGCGCUUUGUUAUGCAUUGUUUGGAACGUGCAACAAUACCACUUCACUAACGACAUUCAAAUGUUGCAGAGAGAGUCAACGACAAAUGGCAAGCUACGAAAUCUGAACCCGUUUUUGGAGGUUACCCAUGGUUUCGAAAUACUGAAGGUUGGCGGUCGACUUGAACUGGCUGAUAUUUCUGAAUCACAAAAACAUCCCCUUUUGUUGCCCAACAAAUGCGAAUUCGUGACACGAUAUGUUAAACAUCUGCACAUCAAAAAUUAUCACGCAGGACCUAAAGCGUUGGUAUCUUUGAUUCGCCUACAGUUUUGGAUAGUUAACGCACGCGAUAUCGCUAGACGCGUCGUCCGAUCCUGUAUCCAUUGUGUGAAAUACAAGCCGAAACUACUCCAGCACAUGAUGGGAAAUCUACCAGUUGAGCGCUUAACACCGUCGCGCCCGUUCGCUCGCUGCGGAAUCGAUUUUUGUGGACCCUUCAACGUCUAUCUUCGUAUUAUAGGCAAGGCACCCUAUAAAGCGUACGUAGCCAUCUUCGUGUGCUUUGCAACAAAGGCGGUUCACAUCGAGGUCGUCUCUGACCUAUCCACGGAUGCUUUUUUAGCAUCGCUUAAGCGAAUGAUUGGAAGGAGAGGUCUUCCAUCUGACAUUUUCUGCGACAAUGCAACCAACUUUGUCGGCGCUUGCAGAAAACUUGCUGAAUAAAAACAUUCCUUUUCAAGAAACA